GGUGCCACCAUCCAGACUCCAGUCUGUGCUGUGACCUCCUGGUGACAACUUACCCGAGACCUCCCUUCUGAUCUGAGCCUGCGUUGCAAUGGGGGAGCCCACACUUCCUCAAUUUAAAGCCCACAGGCCGACUGAAGACAAGAACGUGGCGAAUGGCUGUAGCGAUGAAGAUGAGCCUUUCCUUAAGAAGAACCCCCGCCGGUUUGUGAUCUUUCCAAUCCAGUACCCAGACAUCUGGAGAAUGUAUAAACAGGCCCAGGCUUCAUUCUGGACCACAGAAGAGGUUGAUUUGUCCAAGGAUCUUGCUCACUGGGAUCAGCUGAAAUCGGAGGAGAGAGAUUUUAUUUCCUAUAUAUUGGCUUUCUUUGCUGCUAGUGAUGGAAUUGUAAAUGAAAACCUGGUAGAACGGUUUUGCCAAGAAGUCCAGGUUCCAGAGGCUCGCUGCUUCUAUAGCUUCCAGAAUCUGAUCGAGAACAUACACUCGGAGAUGUACAGCCUGCUCUUAGAGACCUAUAUUAAAGAUCCACAAAAACGUGAUUUCUUUUUUAAUGCAAUUGAAACUUUGCCCUGUGUUAGAAAGAAAGCAGAGUGGGCCAUUCGGUGGAUAUCUGACCGGAGAGCUACCUUUGGCGAGAGGGUGGUGGCUUUCGCCGCAGUAGAAGGCAUCUUCUUCUCUGGAUCUUUUGCUGCUAUUUUCUGGUUGAAGAAAAGAGGUCUUAUGCCUGGACUUACAUUUUCCAAUGAGCUUAUCAGCAGGGAUGAGGGUCUUCACUGCGAUUUUGCAUGUCUGAUGUAUCAUUACUUGGUGAAUAAGCCCACAGAGGAACGUGUCAGGGAGAUCAUCACUGAUGCAGUCAGGAUUGAACAGGAGUUUCUGACAGAUGCUUUACAAGUGGAUCUGAUCGGAAUAAACUGCACAUUGAUGAAGACAUACAUAGAGUUUGUAGCUGACCGACUGCUGGCGGAACUGGGUUAUUCAAAGGUUUUCCAAGCAGAAAACCCUUUUGAUUUCAUGGAGAACAUUUCACUGGAAGGGAAAACCAAUUUCUUUGAGAAGAGAGUGUCGGAGUACCAGAGGUUUGGUGUCAUGACCCGUACCAUGGACAACGUAUUCACUCUCGAUGCAGAUUUUUAGUUGUUUUGAUCUGUGGACAUAAACCAGAAAGAUUUUGUGGAAUUAGUACUUCUUGAUACCUGUGAAGAAUGUUGGGAAAUGUGACUCCAAAGGUGCGAUCACUAUCACUUCCUGGGUCCGAGUUUAAUGUAGAAUGCUUCUUUUCAAAUUUCUAAUGCCAAGAGGCAAAUGGUCUUUAAUUUGCAAACAACGUAAAUUGUCAAAUGCAAGUCGGCUCCCAGAAAACUCUUCCGUCCUCUGUUAAAGACACUCCACCUCUCUCCCUUGGAAAUCACUUCUACUCUGGAUUAUAAAUGUGUCACACAAAGCUUCUGUGCUGCGAUGUAUUUAACGUGGGUGGAUGUGACUAAGCACUGCACACCCAGGAGAAUAUUAUUAUGUUAGACUUUGAUGUCUGUCCUAGCUGAGCAAACUUUGCUCUUUAGGGAUAAUCCUCUGAAUCACUGGUUGUUCCACUUGGGUUUUCCAAAAUGACAUAGCAUCCUUCACUGCUAGUGAGGGGCAACAAAUCUAGGAGAUAAAUGUCAAAAACAUGUUGUGUUCCUUCUAAGGUGUGCAGACUAAAACUGUUAAAAUAGGCCUCAAAUUGUAAGGUUGCUUUAAGGAUUUUCGUUUUUUAGGAUGUAGUUUUUUAACAGUUUGAGUGCCAGGCAGCUCACCUAUGAAGGAACACUGAAUACAAUCAUAAAUCUGAAUUUCUGGAUGUUCAACCGUUUACGCAGUGAAGUGCACUCACCAAUCCAGAGAUAAUCACGUAGUUCUGACUUCAUUAUUUCAUUAAUUGACUCUCCGGUGGGGUCUUUUAUUUAUUUGUAUUUAUUUUUCAAGCAUACCCUUAAUAAAUGUGAAUCCUAAGAUGUCACAUGGCGAACUUCUG